CAUGUUCCAACGGAUAGAGGAGGAAGAAGCAAAGGCGAGUGAAGAAUGGACAUUCCUGCCCUAAAAUCCCUUAACAUUCCAACCCCAUUUCACUUUCCAUCAUCUAAAUUUUCUCCCUUUUCUCAAUUCACUUUCUUUCACUUCAAACCUUUUCUCACUUCUUCCUCAAGUCGGUCCUUCCCCCAUUGCUCUCUCAAUGGGUCAGCUAAAAUCGUAACCAAGGAAGGUGCUUUGCCUCGCGGCGUUGGAGAGGCUGUGAAUGAAGCAUCAUGUUCCAAGUUUCUUCAGGUUGUGCUCGUGUCCCCUCAGAUUCCAGGAAACACAGGGUGCAUUGCUAGAACAUGUGCAGCAUCAAAUGUUGGAUUACACUUAGUUGGGCCAUUAGGAUUUCAGGUGGAUGAUACUAAACUUAAGCGAGCUGGAUUGGAUUACUGGCCAUAUGUGGUUGUUAAAGUUCAUAAUUCUUGGGCAGAUUUUCGUGACUAUUUUAGGCAACAGGAGGGUGAAAAGCGGUUGCUAGCUUUUACAAAGAGGGGAACACAAAUUCAUUCUGAAUUUUCCUACAGAAAAGGUGACUAUCUUUUGUUUGGUUCUGAAACGAGUGGCUUGCCUCCUGAAGCCUUGUUAGACUGCAAAACUGAACCAUUUGGUGGAGGGACUGUCAAAAUCCCAAUGGUUGAGACUUAUGUCAGAUGUUUGAAUCUGUCUGUAAGUGUUGGCAUAGCUUUGUAUGAAGCUUCCAGACAACUAAACUACGAGUCACUUCAGGUACCUUCAGAAAGCCAUGUUGAUACUACUGAGGAGGAAUCAUUUAUUGCUGAAGACAUUUUUGCUUGAAUAUCAUAAAUAUUUUAUUCUACACAAGGGGGUAGGAAAAUGUCUGUUUCACUCACUAGAUUUUGAGGAGGAAUCAUUUAUUGCUGAAGACAUUUUCCUGGUUAAUUGAGAUUGAAAAUGUCUGUUUCACUCACUAGAUUUUGUAGAGAUUAUGUAUGAAAAUUGUUUUGUACCAAUCCACAUGUAAUAUCAUUGUAAUGAAUAGUUGUGCCAUUUAUUGUGGAGGAUUAAUUUAACAUUUCAUCGAAUCAGUGGAAUAUUGGAAAGAGGAAGAAUAAAGAAUCAGCUUUUUACCUUUUCA